CCUGGGGGAAUCUCGUGACAGGCGUGUCUAGUCUGUUCCGGGGUGAACUGACACCAAAAAUGGCGGCCGGCGUGGACGAUCGCGAUCGUGUCGAAUACCACAUGUACAAGGGGGUUCCUCUCCCUAGCCACCUCGACCCUAAAGACAUGGACGACAUUCAGGACUUCACCGUUCGAGACGACGACGUCUUCAUUAUAACGUACCCAAAGUCAGGGACAGCUUGGCUACAGCGCAUCGUGUCUCUGCUUCACUUUGGUGGUGACGUGUCAAAAACUGACCGGAAAGAACAAGACGAACUGGUUCCUUACUUUGAACAGAAGGUUGGAGACAGCGCCGCCUUUCGGAAACUAACUGAAGUGCCUUCACCAAGAAUGAUGAAAAGUCAUCUUCACUUUAGUCACGCACCGGUACAACUUACGCAAGGGAAAGGGAAAGUAAUUUACGUCGCCAGGAACCCAAAAGACCUUGCAGUGUCCUACUAUCACUUCCACUUCAUGUGUUCAACGCUCAAGACCCCCACAUCCUGGGAACAGUUUCUACAGGAGUUUGUCAACGGAGAAGUAAGCAGGGGAGCCUGGCACGACCACGUGCUGGGUUGGUGGAAACAUCAGGACCUGCCAAACGUGUUGUUCCUCCGGUACGAGGACCUGCAAAAGAACACCCGAAAGCAGGUGGAGAAAGUGGCAGAGUUCCUGCAGUGGCCCGUGACCCCGGAAGUGAUUGACAAGGUCGUUGAAGAGAGCAAAUUCCAAAAGAUGGCGACAAAUCCUAACACGAACAAAGUUUCAGGGAAGGAGGCCAAAGCGGGGAUAUUUGACUCCUCCAAGGGAACUUUCUUAAGAAAAGGUGUAGCUGGUGACUGGAAGUCUCACUUCAAUGACGAACAGAGCAAAUGGUUUGACACCUUCUACCAGGAAAAACUUGGGCCAACUGGGCUUCACUUUGACUUUCAGUAAUAGGGAAAAAAGAACAUAAAAUUUGUAUUGUCAGUGUAA